AUGGAAACGUUGAGACUGAGGUCUUUAAUAUCAGAGAAAUAUCAGACCAAGGUACAGACCAAGGUACAGACCGAGCCGUGGCGAGGACCAAGGUACAGACCGAGCCGUGGCGAGGACCAAGGUACAGACCGAGCCGUGGCGAGGACCAAGGUACAGACCGAGCCGUGGCAAGGACCAAGGUACAGACCGAGCCGUGGCGAGGACCAAGGUACAGACCGACCCGUGGCGAGGACCAAGGUACAGACCGAGCCGUGGCGAGGACCAAGGUACAGACCGAGCCGUGGCGAGGACCAAGGUACAGACCGACCCGCGGCGAGGACCAAGGUACAGACCGAGCCGUGGCGAGGACCAAGGUACAGACCGAGCCGUGGCGAGGACCAAGGUACAGACCGAGCCGCGGCGAGGACCAAGGUACAGACCGAGCCGUGGCAAGGACCAAGGUACAGACCGAGCCGUGGCGAGGACCAAGGUACAGACCGAGCCGUGGCCAGGACCAAGGUACAGACCGACCCGUGGCGAGGACCAAGGUACAGACCGACCCGUGGCGAGGACCAAGGUACAGACCGAGCCGUGGCGAGGACCAAGGUACAGACCGAGCCGUGGCGAGGACCAAGGUACAGACCGAGCCGCGGCGAGGACCAAGGUACAGACCGAGCCGUGGCAAGGACCAAGGUACAGACCGAGCCGCGGCGAGGACCAAGGUACAGACCGAGCCGUGGCAAGGACCAAGGUACAGACCGACCCGUGGCGAGGACCAAGGUACAGACCGACCCGUGGCGAGGACCAAGGUACAGACCGAGCCGUGGCGAGGACCAAGGUACAGACCGACCCGUGGCGAGGACCAAGGUACAGACCGAGCCGUGGCGAGGACCAAGGUACAGACCGAGCCGCGGCGAGGACCAAGGUACAGACCGAGCCGUGGCGAGGACCAAGGUACAGACCGAGCCGUGGCAAGGACCAAGGUACAGACCGACCCGUGGCGAGGACCAAGGUACAGACCGAGCCGUGGCGAGGACCAAGGUACAGACCGAGCCGUGGCGAGGACCAAGCCGUGUUUGGUAUGGGUGUGGGUUCGGAUGUGGGUUCGGAUGUGGGUUCGGGUGUGGGUUCGGGUGUGGGUUCGGGUGUGGGUUCGGGUGUGGGUUCGGGUGUGGGUUCGGAUGUGUGGGUUCGGGUGUGGGUUCGGGUGUGGUUCGGGUGUGGUUCGGGUGUGGUUCGGGUGUGGGUGGAUGUGGGUUCGGGUGUGGGUUCGGGUGUGGGUUCGGAUGUGGGUUCGGGUGUGGGUUCGGGUGUGGGUUCGGGUGUGGGUUCGGGUGUGGGUUCGGGUGUGGGUUCGGGUGUGGGUUCGGGUGA